AUGAACAUACAAAGGUCAACCCCUAUCACGAUAGCACGAUAUGGGAGACCGCGGAAUAAAACCCAGGAUUUUGAAGAGCUCUCGUCCAUACGGUCCAUCGAGCCAAGCCAGAGUUUUAGCCCGAAUCUAGGCUCGCCGAGCCCGCCGGAGACCCCGAACUUGUCGCAUUGCGUUUCUUGCAUCGGGAAAUACUUAUUGUUGGAGCCUCUCGAGGGAGACCACGUUUUCCGAGCCGUACAUCUGCACAGCGGCGAGGAGCUGGUUUGCAAGGUGUUUGAUAUUGGCUGCUACCAGGAGUUAUUAGCACCAUGUUUUUGUCUGCCUGCGCAUAAAAAUAUCAACCAAAUUACUGAAAUAAUUCUUGGGGAGACAAAAGCGUAUGUGUUCUUUGAAAGGAGCUAUGGGGACAUGCAUUCAUUUGUUCGUACCUGCAAGAAGCUUAAAGAAGAGGAAGCAGCCAAACUCUUCUAUCAAAUAGCUUCAGCUGUUGCACACUGCCAUGAUGGUGGACUGGUACUGCGAGAUCUCAAGCUGCGAAAGUUUAUUUUCAAGGAUGAAGAAAGGACUAGAGUGAAAUUGGAAAGCCUAGAAGAUGCUUAUAUUUUAAGAGGAAAUGAUGACUCUCUUUCUGAUAAGCAUGGAUGCCCAGCCUAUGUGAGUCCAGAGAUCUUGAACACAAAUGGCAGCUACUCUGGCAAAGCAGCGGACGUAUGGAGUCUAGGUGUCAUGCUUUAUACCAUGCUAGUUGGACGCUAUCCUUUCCAUGACAUUGAGCCUAGUUCCCUCUUCAGCAAGAUCCGUCGUGGGCAGUUUAACAUUCCAGAAACUCUAUCCCCCAAGGCAAAAUGCCUCAUACGUAGCAUACUGCGUCGAGAGCCAUCAGAAAGGCUGACUUCCCAGGAAAUUCUGGACCAUCCAUGGUUUUCUACAGAUUUUAAUGUAUCGAAUUCAGGAUAUGGUGCUAAGGAAGUAUCAGAUCAGCUGGUGCCUGAUGUCAACAUGGAAGAAGACUUGGACCCAUUCUUUAACUGA